GCGAAAAGAGUCAAUGAAGUUGUUGUCUCAUACUAUGCAGUUUCAGUGUGCUAAGAUUGCUUUCUUCUCUAUUUCAGUCUUCCUUACGGUCCCCUUGUGGGCGGUGUACUGAUGUUCACUCCCCAGGACUUCCAGGCUGUCAAUGGUUAUUCCAACGCUUACUGGGGCUGGGGAGCAGAAGAUGAUGAUAUGGGUUAUAGAAUAAAAAAGGCUGGUUUAAGAGUUUCGCGCCCAUCCCUCAAUACCGGCCGUUAUACUAUGUUAGUGCAUACACAGCGCAGGAAAAACGAAAGAAGAGUUGAAAUUCUUCAUAAAGGCAUGGAGCGACAGCCCUGGGACGGUCUGAGUAACGUUAACUACUCAGUGCUUGACAUCAGAUUAAAUCCCCUGUUCACGCACAUGUUGAUAGACAUAGGGAAAACGCCUGACACGUACUGAUACCAAGCACGCGUUCAUCUAGGGAUGCAACAAUACAUAUACCAGCAUAUAUUGCUUUACUACUGAAAAGAGCGACAGACAGAAGUCUUGUACCAGGAAUGGUAAUCUACUAAGAACCAUAGUCUGCCUCCCAUGUCUUUGUUCCGGUGACAUUCUUCUCAUAUACUAACCCCAAUACUCCGACUUACCUUAACCUGUUCUAAUUAUAUGGGAUCCCGGACUUUAUUCAUAGGACUACCAUUCCUGUUACAUCUGUCUUAAAGCCAGCGGUGCUUUAUUAAUUUGGCAUAUUUAUUGCUUUAAUGAGCAAUUUUAAAAAAGGAUGUGAAUAAAAGUUUUUUUCGGCGUAGACACAGAGACACUUGUGAUUUAGCGUUACUUUUUGCUUCGUGAUUUUAGAUACCGUUGUUACGAUGUACGACUCGAGGACCGUCGAAAAGAUGAACAUAGUUUUCAGCACGGGGCUAACAUUUACUCUGAUGAAAAAUUCACAUCGGAUUUCUGUUUUCAAAAGAAUUCUUAAAUUGCG